GGGAUAGGUAGAUGCGGGUUUAGUGGAGUCGGUGCGCGAUGGGAAAUACGUCCGGCAAGCCCCAUCCGAGGCCAAGAAGCAAAAAACAUCCUCUCCAAUACAAAGGGACUGAUCGACCAGCGCCGCCCGGUAAACCUUACUUAGCCUCGGAGCUCGAGCAGACUCCCGACGUUCUCACAAUAAAAUGGGAUGCACCAUUGAGGAACGGCGGUGCUCCGAUCUCCGGGUACCUGGUGGAGCACCGAAGGACCGGUUCGCCGCACUGGGUCAGAGCCACACCUCUGAUGGUGCAGAUCCCGGAGCUCACGAUGAGCGGAUUAGAGCCGGGAUGGAGGUACCAGUUCAGGGUCUUCGCUGAGAACAUCGUCGGUCUCUCCGAUCCCAGCGAACUCUCAGAACCCUUGACCGUAACACUUCAAAGAUCUGCAAUAACCGCGCCGAGGUUCACGCAAGAACUGAAGGAUACAACAGCCCUCGAAAACGAAAAGGUCGAAUUCGUUGCCCACUUCAUUGGUCAACCUGCGCCCAAGAUGUGCUGGUUCAAGGACGGUUUCGAGAUCUUCAGCAGUCGUCGCACGAGGAUUUUAACCGAAAACGAUAGAAGUAUUUUGACCAUCCACCAAAGCGCAAUAUGCGACGAAGGCGAAAUCAAAUGUACAGCCACGAACAAAGCCGGACACGUUUCCACCAAAUGCAGACUCACUUUGGAAGCUCCACCAAGUAUACGGUUGCCUAGGCAAUACGAAGAUGGUUUGCUCUUCGAAAUAGGCGAAUUGAUUAGGUUGAAGGUCUCGGUGGUCGGACUUCCUCCUCCUCUGGUAUUUUGGACGCACAACGGCGAAUCCAUCCAAGAAAACGAACGAUACGAAAUCGACAAUAGCGACAGAAUAUCCACCCUAAGAAUCUCCGAAGCGUUGAGGAGUGAUCGCGGCGAAUACCAAAUCAAAGCGGUCAAUAAACUAGGCACCGAUAUAACAUCUUUCUUAGUGACUGUAACUGAUAAACCCUCACCUCCUGGAAAAGCAAAAGUCGUAAUGGCUUUAGGAAAAUCGGUGACUUUAUCAUGGAACAGUCCAAACGACGAUGGUGGUUGCAAAAUCGGAAACUACAUCAUAGAAUAUUAUAGAUUGGGAUGGAACGUUUGGCUGAAAGCCGCUACCAGUCGCCAAUUAACCACAAUGCUAGGUGAUUUAAUUGAAGGCAGCGAGUAUAAAUUCAGGGUGAAAGCGGAGAGCCCUUUCGGCGUGAGCGAACCCAGCGAAGAAUCGGAUGCCAUAUUCAUACCGGAUCCAAAGAGAGGUCUACUAGAAUCCACAGGAGCAAGAAGCAAAAGCCAACCCAGAGAAAUCGUGAAUCAACAAGCUCCAAUAGCAGCGAAACGCAAGAAACCACGCUCUCAUUCCUCGUCCAGAUCCGAAGAGGAGUCACGCGAAUCUCCUAUACCUCCAGCACGAAUCAGAAGUCCACCAAAAACUCCGGAUCAACUGUCACCUAAACCGCAACGAAAAGAAACCAUCAAUCCAGAGUUAUUCGAUAGAGCUUCCAUAGGUAGAGAUCUGAUCUAUGGUAGUCCUGAAAUUAGGAUGAAAAAAGUGGAACCUCCCAAAGUUGAAAUAGACAAAUCAGGUAGAGAUUUAAUUUACGGUAGUCCAGAGGUUAAGAUGAAAAAAACGGAACCUCCUAAAAUUGAAAUAGAAAAAGUCGUUGCGAAAGAAAAAAGUAAAUCACCCGAAAUCAAGAGCAGAACACCUAGUCCAAUUAUAAGCAGAUCUCCGAGUCCCAAAAUAUUAAAAGAGUAUGCGUUGAAGUCCGAUAUGAAAUCUCCUAAAUUAUCAAGAGAAAAUAGCGAAAAUUUAGGCGGCAGCACCGAAUUCAUGAUGGUGCUUUAUCCAGAUACGGAAAAUGAUUUUGAUUUUGAGAAUAUUUCUGUGGCGCCACCACUAUCUCUGUCUGCUCCUGAAUUGGGAACGGAACCGCCGCAAAUCGACAUCUUAAGACCGUUUGCGAGUUCGACUGAGCUGCUUCACGAAAGAGCUAUGAUCAGGUUUUACCAAGAAGCUUUGGCGGAAGAGGAAGCACUGAAGCGUAAGCAAGAUGAGAGACGCGGAAGUAUAAUACCAAAGAUACAAAUUAACAAUAAGGAUAAUCAGGAUAUUGUUGGGUUGGAAAGGAAACAUUCUUUGCGCAGAAGAUUAUCAGCUGGAGGAUCUAUACCGCAGCAAGUACUUUGGGCUCAGAGAAGGCAGAGUUUAAGGAAUUCAGGAGAUUUCUCUGAUCUGUUCGAGACGAAGCUGAAUAAAAUGCCUUUAACAGUUGAAGAGAAACGCCAGUUGAUGCAUACGCGUCAGCGUUCUCAAUCCGAAGAAAUGGAAGAAGAGGAAUUCGAAAAGGUGCGACAGCGGAUGGCCCAAAAUAAUGAACCAAAACGCAGGAAAAGAAUCAGCGUAGUCGAGGAGGAGUUUUGGGAUGAGUAUGAAUCCUCCGAGGACGAGCGAUUGAGGUACGAACCUAAAAUAAGAGAGAUUAACGUGGAGGAAGAGGACGAAACGUACCAUCCUCCGAGGAUGAUGGUGAUGGAGCACAAAAAGUACGAAGAACCAUUCGAGAUUCUGACCAAACCGGCGAAAUUGCCGGAUGCGAAUUUCGUGCCGAAACCGAUUUUGAAAAAGAACGGAGUUGAAUCCAGGAAGAAUUCAUUGGUGGAGGCUCUGAAUAAGGAAGAGGAAACAUCUAGGAGCGCAGAGGCCGUGGCGAGCGUCGCCGGAGUGGCAGCUGCAAGUGUUUUAAUACCUCAUACAAUUUUACAGAAUCGCGAAGCCGAAGAAGCCAAAGUCGUUAUAGAUCAUUACGGAGAUAUCGUUAAAAGUUACAGCACGAAGAGGAAGUCAAGUAUCCCGGAAAGCAAUCCGGUUCGGGAAGCUUUACGUAAAGCGGCAGCCGCGCAAGCCGAUAUCCAUAAAAGCGAUGAAGAAGUGGAAGAUGCUAAAAAGGUAAAUAACAAUAACGUGAAGAUUAACAGUUUCGACGAAAGAUUGCGGAAUUUGGAGAGGAAAUUGGAGACGCAACCGAGGAGCGCUACGCCAAUGUUCAAGAAAACCGAAGGGACUCAAGUCGAGAUGAGAGGUCGAGAGGAAGAUGUCGCGGAGAGGAACAAAGAGCAGGUUGCUGUUCGUGGAAGGGAGCAAUCCAGGUUCACAAAAAGAGACGUUUCAAAAUCGAAAUCGCCUCGUAAAGCGCGAAGAUCUUCGCCGUCUCCGACGCCCGGUAAAAGGAAGACUUCAAGGCCACCGUCCAGAUCAAGUUCAAAGACGAAUGCAAGGAGCAGUUCGCUGCUCAGGAAGCCAAAGAUGUGCGAAAUCAUGACGCAAACGUCAACUUCGAUAGAGCCUGCAGAUUUCCACGAGAAACCACUGAUACGCGAGGACGAAUUGAGGACCACGGCUAGGAUUAAAAUUAGAACGACAAUGGAUUACACGACGGAUUUGGCGAUGUUCGCCGUCGCCACGUGGGUCUUCUUUUUCAGCAACGAACUCUACGCAAUACCAAUCCUUUUGGUAGCCGGUUACCGGCAGCUGAAAGACGAGGCGGAGAGAUGGAUUCCGAAUUGGAUCAAGAAACGAUGGAACAACAGGCGGCACAAGAAAUAAUAUUUUUUUAUGUAAACGUUGUUAAUGUUUUGCGUUUAUUAGUGUUUUUAAUAUUUUUUUUUCAAACUAAGAUUUUUCUCUUUGUGUCUUUGUUGCGAAAAUCCCAAUCAGUGCGGGAGACCAAAAUAUUUUUGUUAUUCUUUACAAAUUUUUUUUUUGUUCUGUUCUUUGUUGUUAUCUCUUCGACAACGCGUUGUAUAUAUAUACUAUUGAUGAUUAAUAAUAAAUGGAUUCCGAAUCGGU